CGAGCACGAUUCAAACUCUCUCACUUAGAGUAAGAAUACAGCCUCAGAGCCCAGAGCCAGCGCGCUGCUCUCUUUGCCCCUCUUUUCUUGUUCAACAUAAAGUAAAGAGACGCAGAUAGAAUAAUGUUUGCGUAAAACAGCAUCUUUUUUCAGCGCGGGGGAAAGAAAAAAGCUGAUAGUGUCUCCGUUUUCGGACUGUAGAAAAGUAAAGACUUGAUAACCUGAAGACAUUCUGUUUACGUCUUACCUGGGCAUUAUGAAGAGGUAUCCGGGCAUUUUUCAUUGUUGGGAGAGGAUGCGGUCUUGCUGAGCUCGUGUAAAACGGUUUCUCGUUUUAUUUGUAUUUUCUUCUUCGUUUUUUUUUUUUUUUGAGUUGCUCCUAUUUUAGUGGCUCUUGAUAGAAACGGUAACGCGUGUGCCCUUUUACGCGGUAGUUUCAAAAAACUUUGCAUGCCCAAAAUGGACCGUGCAGGAUUUGCUCUUUUAAUGAUUUUGACUGUUGUGCUCGUGCGAGUUGGUGACAGUCAAAGGGAUGCGGCAGGUGGGAGGAAAGAGGGUGCGGGGGCAGGCCGGGCGGUCUGGGACCAGCUGCAGUCCCGGGGGAUCAGUCGAGGUCACUCGCCGAGGGGACCGCGGGACGGUUCGUCCUCGAGAACAUCCGGUGACUCUUCACCUGGGACCAGUCAGUCGAGGACUCUGGUCCGCCUGCCCAGGGGGACAUCAUCUCAGGAGAAUCGCAAGCACAUAUCCAAAGAAAGACCGGUCCAUGCUGCUGGCACCUCCGGGGAAGAUCUUGUCUCUGCGCCGAGGGAUGGUGCGCGGCGCACCGCCAGACACCCUACCAGCCAGCAGCAACGAAACAGAGUGAACCGCAGGCAGAGCAGCAGGCACAGCUCUGCCAGCACUAAGCGACUUAUCGGGCCGAAUGUCUGUGGAGGUCAGCAGUGCUGCUCUGGUUGGGCUUUGGCACCAGGAACCAACCGCUGCAUAAAACCUGACUGUCAGCCCCCCUGCCAAAACCGUGGCUCAUGCAGCCGGCCACAUACUUGCGUGUGUCGCUCAGGCUUCCAGGGCGCCCGCUGUGAAGAGGUGGCUCCAGAACAGGUGUACAUCCGUGAUAGAGGUGCCCUGAGGCGUGUUCAACCUGGCACCAACCCCUUCCAGAAAGACCAAUCACAGAAAAGGCCCUCAGAAAGAGACGUCAUUGAUACCACAAAGGCCAAGACCACACGACCUUCGACUACAAGACAGCCAGCCCACACUGCGACCCAAGUGAGACGGGGACCCCCUGACUCCUCCCCUCAGCAGACCGGGACCUCCCGUACUGUGAAACGUUAUCCAUCAUCCUCUGGGCCUAUAACCUCCAACGCUCUGCCCAAUGGCAAUGGCUACUCUAACGGUAACGAGCACGGGAACUGGUAUGGAAACAGGAAUGGGCAUACCAACACACAUUCCCACAAUACUCACAGGCCAACCAGCAACAGCCAGCUGCACGGACAGUUCAGCAAUGCAUUAUUACCAGCAGGGGCCAACCUCACCUCCAACCUGGAUCGCAUCAAGAUCGUCUUCACACCUAUGAUGUGCCGCAGGGUGUGCUCUGGAGGGCGUUGCUAUAAUAGCUGCGAGAAGGGAGACAUGACCGAGGUCUACAGCGAGACCUCGCCCCAGCAGCAGCCGAAGAACCAGGGCUUCCGACUCUUCUUCUGUCAGAUCCCCUGUCUUAAUGGAGGCCGGUGCAUUGGCAGGGACUUGUGCUGGUGUCCGUCAAACUCAACAGGACGGUUUUGUCACCUGCCAGUCCCUCCUCCUGCCCGACCCACCCCUCAAAGCCACAGGAACCACCAGAAACCAAAAUCUCCAUCCCAUUCCAUGUACACUCUCCCACUGUCCAAUCAGCCAGCAUCUCUCCACCCAUCCUUGGUCAACGUCCACAUUCAGCAUCCUCCAGAAGCUGAUGUCCAGAUCCACCAAGUAGCUCGAGUCCAACCUGGGCAAAGACCAGCCACCACAGAGGGGGCUCACUCUGUCCAGCAGCGCUCCCAGCCUGGAAAUGGACACGAACACGCCAGCGAGCACAGCAGCAGACACCCACAUGCUAACGGGAAUGGUCACGGCCACGCCACAACCCACAUCCGUCAGAACGGAAAUGUUGGAAGAUGCUUUCAGGAAACGGUCGAUGGACAGUGCGGCAAGCCUCUUCCAGGGCUAACCAAACAGGAUGAUUGCUGUGGAAGUAUUGGCGCCUCUUGGGGCCUAAACAAGUGCCAAAAGUGUCCGACCAAACCAGCAUAUGCAGUGAUCGCGAAUGGACAGGUGGAAUGUUCCAAAGGUUUUAAACGUAUGAAUGUCACACACUGUCAAGACAUCAACGAGUGCCUGUUGCCUGGAAUAUGUAAAAACGCUGAAUGUCUCAACACCAAAGGAAGCUACAGGUGCACAUGUAAACCAGGCUAUAUGUUAGAUCCUGCCAGAAGCCACUGUGUCUCGGACAAAGCAGUGUCUGACCAGAGGGCGUCGUGCUACAGGUCUGUUUCAGCGGGGACAUGCUCUCUGCCACUCACUAAUCACCUCACCAAGCAGAUCUGCUGCUGCAGCAGAGUGGGCAAGGCCUGGGGAGCUGGGUGUGAUCGUUGUCCUUUACCAGGAUCAGACCACUUCAAGGAGAUCUGCCCCGCUGGCCACGGAUACACUUACUCGCGAUCUGACGUCCAGAUUUCUCUUCGACAGCUGGAUGAUGUCGAGCUGCAGAGCAUGGGAGUGUCACUCGAGGAUGAGAGCCCUACUUAUCCGCAGUUUCCAUUUUCUCAGCCUUCGUUCCCCAGUGGGCCCCAGUACCCCAGCUACCCCGAAACACCGCAGCUACCCCAAUACCCCGAAUACUCUGAGACCCCACAAGCACCCCAGUACCCUUUGACUCCACAGCAUCCCUCACAUCCAGCCAGAGAAACACCUAGACUGCCACACACAGAUGAUGUGGAAAGUCUGAGCCCGCCAGCUGUUGUGACAGAGUUACCGCCGCAGUAUCCAGAUAUUUUUCCGGACUUCCCGAGCAUCAACCCGAGGCCGGAUUCAAAGGAACCAUCCCAUACUGAUUCAGCUACAGGUAUUGACAAGUGUGCCACGGCCCCCUCUAUAUGUGGCCGCGGGAGAUGCGUUUCUGUGCAGACCGGCUACAUUUGCCUCUGCGAGCCAGGGUUCAAGCUCAGUGCACUGCAGACCAACUGCAUUGAUGUGAAUGAGUGCGAUGAGGAUCCAUGUGAAGGAAAGGGACGUUGUAUAAACAGCUAUGGGUCCUACACCUGCCACUGCCACAGUGGCUACAGCCAGGUGAUCACUCAGAACAGGAAGUUCUGUCAAGACAUUAAUGAGUGCAGCAUGCCCAACAAAUGCCAGAAUGGCAAAUGCGUCAACACAGAGGGAUCUUACACCUGUGAAUGCAACGCUGGCUACGCCAAGUCUCGGAGAGGCGCGUGCGAAGAUAUAGAUGAGUGCAGAGAUCCCAGCUCCUGUCCCAACGGCGUCUGCGUCAACACUCUCGGCUCCUUCCGGUGCCAGGUUUGCGGACCAGGGUUCAGGCCUGUCGGUGAAAGAUGUGUGGAUAUGAACGAGUGCUUGAACCAAAGCGUGUGCGGCCGUGGGCGGUGUGUCAACACUGAGGGCUCCUAUAGGUGCAACUGCUUCCAAGGCUACAAACUCUCACCAGACAAUGUUUGCCAAGAUGUGGAUGAGUGUCUGCUUCCGGGAGUCUGUCUCAACGGCCGAUGCGUCAAUCUGGACGGAACCUACAGAUGCACCUGUAACCAUGGCUACCAAGUCACCUCAGACAGCAAAUCAUGUGAAGAUGUCAAUGAGUGCGCAACUGGUAAUGCCUGCCCUGCGGGAAUUUGCAUCAACUCUGCAGGUUCCUACACUUGCCAGAACUGCAGGCCCGGGUUUGAACCAUCUGCUGACAGACUGAGAUGUGAAGAUGUUGAUGAGUGUUCCCAGGGCGACUUGUGUCUAGGUGGGGUGUGCGCCAACACAGAGGGGUCCUACAUUUGCACCAGGUGUAAGGCUGGUUACAGAGUGUCUCAAGACCAGCAGAGGUGUGAAGAUAUUGACGAGUGCCAGUCCCUGUCUACUUGUGUCAAUGGGAUCUGUCUAAACUCAGAAGGUUCUUACACCUGUGAGAACUGCCCCACGGGGUACAGAGUGUCGUUUGAUGGAGAGCUCUGUGAAGAUAUUGAUGAGUGUGCCCUGCCCACUGCCUGCCCCCAGGGAACAUGUACAAAUACAGAGGGUUCGUUCACAUGUGUUGUCUGUGAGCCCGGUUUUAGAGUCUCUGAGGAUGGACAGCGGUGCGAUGAUGUGGAUGAGUGCUCAGUGGCUAACUUGUGCCCGGGUCAGCUGUGUCUGAACACUGAUGGAUCGUACACCUGCAGGAGCUGUGAAGCCGGCUUUCAAGUGAAUGAGGGCGGUCGUUACUGUGAAGACAUCGAUGAGUGCCAGUCUCCGAGUGCUUGCCCCACAGGUGUUUGCGCCAACACAGAGGGCUCCUUCUCCUGCAUGGCCUGUGAUCUGGGCUUCGAGCUGGCAUUUGACCGGCGCUCAUGUGAAGAUGUGAAUGAAUGUGAGGACGCCAGGCUGUGUGUGGGAGGUCAAUGCACAAACGCCAUCGGCUCCUAUAGCUGCUCCUGCCCCUCUGGCAUGGAGCUGGUGGAUGGGACGUUCUGCAGAGAUAUCGAUGAGUGUUUAACCGCUGGAGGGAUCUGUGGGGAAGGAGACUGCCUGAACACUGAGGGCUCCUACUUAUGCAUCUGUCCUAAUGGGUAUACCACCACCGAUGGAAGCCCCGGCUGCCAAGACGUGGAUGAAUGCAGCAAGGAUGAUGUGUGCAUCCGAGGAAAGUGCAUCAACGGCGAGGGCUCGUUCUUGUGCUUGUGCGAGGCUGGCUUCAAAUUCAACACUGAUACGGCUGACUGUGAGGACCAGAACGAGUGCAAGGAGUUUGGGAGCUCAGUCUGUGGCACCUGGCGCUGCGAGAACACCAUCGGCUCUUACCGGUGCUUUGUGGGUUGCCAGCCUGGCCUUGAGGGAGAACUCGCCACAGGCUGUGAUAUUGAUGAAUGCGACAACGAAACCAUCUGUGGGAGCAACGGCUUCUGUGAGAACACAGACGGCUCAUUCCGCUGCCAGUGUGACCAAGGCUACACCAACCCUCCGGGAGAUAUGACCAGAUGUGUCGACGUGAAUGAGUGCGAGAUGAGCUUGGCGCUGUGUGGGGAGGCCCUGUGUGAGAACUUCGAUGGCAGCUUCCUGUGCAUCUGCCCCAACGACAAUGAGGAAUUUGAUCCCCGCACCAGCCAGUGUCGUUCCAUGGCUGAGAGGGACACCAAACCCAUUCCUGCAUUCCCCACCUGGGCAGAGGAGAGGAGGGAGUGCUAUUAUAAUCUGAAUGACGCCAACUUCUGCGACAACGUCUUGUCUCACAACACCACCAAGCAGGAGUGCUGCUGCACGGCUGGAGCAGGCUGGGGCGACAACUGUGAAAUCCACGCCUGUCCCGUCCAAGGAAGUGGUGAUUACAAACAGCUGUGCCCUUACGGCAGUGGAUUACUACCCUUGCCUGUUUCCUCUGUACAAAGUUUUGGAGAUGAGCAACGGGCUUACAUAGAUGCAAAUGAAUGUGAGAUUUUUGGGCCCGACAUCUGUAAGAAUGGGCAGUGUUCAAAUCUCUUUUCUACGUAUACUUGCUACUGUCGCUCCGGCUUCUUCUACGAUAACAUCCGGCUUGAGUGUGUGGAUUAUGAUGAGUGUGCAUUUGGAAACGUCUGCGAGAACGGGGUGUGUGUGAACACGGCCGGGUCAUUCAACUGUUUCUGCAGUCCUCCGUUGGUUCUCGACAGCACACGGCGACGCUGCAUUGAUCUCAACACCACAGAGGAAGUUGUGGACUCAGAAGAUGACGUGCACGUGGAUAUUUGCUGGCAGCAACUCGAGGGCGACAACGUGUGUGCCAAACCGCUAUCAGAUCGCAGAACUACAUACACUGAGUGUUGCUGCCUGCACGGUGUUGCCUGGAGUGAACACUGUGCCCUCUGUCCCAGGAAAGACUCUGCUGACUAUGCAGUAAUGUGCAACGUAAGAGGAAGUUCAGAUAGUCUGCGAGAGCGAAUAGGAUAUGAGUAUGGUGUUGAGGGGAUAGAUGACCCUCCAGAACAUUUUGGCCCUCCAUACUGGGAUCAUUACGGCGGUGCUGGUGGACCCUAUGAUAUUUCUGAAGGUGAGAACUACUACGGCGUUCAACAGCCACCCCUCCACGUCCCCGUCCGUGUGCCCAGUGUGCAGCCGAGAGAGUACCAGCCGCAGCGAGUGGAUCCAUAUGCUGAACGCUAUGAAGGUUUUGAAGGUCUCCGGGCGGAGGAAUGUGGAAUCCUGAAUGGGUGUGAAAACGGUCGCUGCGUUCGAGUGCGAGAGGGCUACACCUGCGACUGCUUAGACGGUUAUGAACUUGAUCUAGACAAGAUGGCCUGUAUAGACAUAAACGAGUGUGAGGACAUCAGCGACAAAGUGCCUUUGUGUCAGAACGGGGAGUGCACAAACACAGAGGGAUCGUACAAAUGCACCUGCUUGCCGGGCUUCGUGGCCUCCGCCAAGCCACACAAAUGCAUCCCGGCGAUCCCAGAGUCUAGGCUUAGGGAGGCAGGAAACUGAGUAUGUUGGAGUGCCGGCUUCUCUGCCCAUUUUCCCCCCAGGGCUUGACUCUAAACCUCCAACAGUAAUGCUGAAACGUCCAGUCUCGUUUCCCUACAUACCACACGCACACAUACUGACGCAUGUACAUAUAGAAAACACACACUUGCAUUCAGCACAGGAUGCAUUAUAUCCCCCUCACACACAUUCAAGAGGACCAGGAAUUGUGCAGUGAAUGUAUUACAUGGGAUUUAGCAUUCUCCAAAUAUCCAUUUGCCUUAAAGGGAUUUUGUGGACUUUUUUAUUCAGUAAGCCCAGGCAAUUUGAUAUGCAGAUAUAUAUAUAUUUCCACUUUAUUUUCUCUAUCACCUUCUCUUUUUGUGUGUUAUUUAUUUCAUUUACAUGACGGGCCUCUGCUAACUAAGAAAGCAAAAUAUUUCAGAUGGCGUACUUGAUUCGUCUCGUUUUACUUGUCUCGGUAAUUGAUGUCAGAGACCGUGUGGGGAAAUAAUAAAUGUAUUUUGUAAAAGAAGGAAUGUCAUCAGAAAUCAGCCAUACUGUAUAUCGGGAUGCUCAUCACUGUCAAACCUCUCAUCAAUUUCUCAGUCUCAAUUACAUUGGACUAAACAGAAAUUCAACACGGAACUUUUCCCACAGCUGUCUUUCUUUAAGAUGACCUACAAGCUGCCGUUGAAGAAGCUCUGGACUGAGAACUGGGAGGUCAAAGCAGCGAAGCUUCCAUAAUACCAGCUUCACCCUUUAUGUGGGCAUGGAGAGACUGUAGAUAUAUAAGAUGAUCUGUGUGACACACGGAAAGCAUUGUGAUGUACUCUCACUGACCAGAUCAUUAGGUGUACCUUGCCUAGUACUGGUUUGGGCCCCCUUUUGCCUUCAGAACUGCCUUAAUUAUUUGUGGCAUAGAUUUAACAAGGUCCUGGAAACAUUCAGCAGAGAUUUUGGUCAGUUUAAGUACAGUGAUCUCAUUUUCAUGUUGAAGAAACCAGUUUGAGAUGAUUAGAACUUUGUGACACAGAGUAUUUUCCUGCUGGAUGCAGCCAUCUGAAGAUGGGUACACAGUGGUCAUAAAGGGAUGGACAUGAUCAGCAACAAUACUUUGGUAGACUUAUUUGGUACUAAUGAGCCCAGGUGGGAUCUCUGCUUAUCCUCCUGAGACCCAGCUUGUUCAUGUCCUCUGUAGUGGACAAACAAAUCACAAAAAAAGUUCAACUAAAAGAUUUUUUUUUCUCUCAGUUCUCAGGAGUAGAAAUAUGCCAAAAAAAAAUCUCUCACACCAUUACACCACCACCACUAGAACCAAUGAUCCAUGCUUUCAUGUUGAUUAUUCCAAAUUCUGACCCAGCCAUCUAAAUGUCAUAGCAGAAACGGAGACUCAUCAGACCAGGCAGCAUUUUUUCAAUCUUUGUUUGUCCAAUUUUGGUGACCCUGACAGGACUAGCGCCCAGUCUGGUCGUUUGCUGCUGUAGCCAAUCUGAUUCAAAGUUUAACAUGUACAUAGACCCUUCUUCUAAAACCUACAGAUGGUCAUGUGGGAAAAAUCUCAGCAGCAUCUGAUGCGUACUUUGAUCUUCAUCAACUCGUUAUGACCAGGUCUAUUUACUAAAAUGUAGAGUCGCUGCCAUGUAAUUGGCUGAUUAGCGAGUUCCAUUAAGGAGCAGAUAAACAGUUGUACCUAAUGAAAUGGACAGUGAGCGUAUAUAACCUGUCUUCUUAUGUUUGACUCCAUUUUCAUGCGAUAUCAGCAGCAUUGUAGGAAAACAGUAUCUUUCUUAUUAACAGUAUUAAGCUUGUUUUACAGUAGACGGUCACAGCGUUGAUUCUCUUUGUUGGCUUUGAAAGUGUGCGACGGCAAAUUUGUUUCAUGCAACCACAUCAAACAGGCAAAAGGAUUUCUUUUUCCACACAUAACAUAUUUGGAAUUCGAAUCUCACAUCCAGACACUUCCCAUGUCUGCAUCUCUGACCCCAUGUAAAGACAAAGGCUUCAUUUGUUGGAGAGGUUUGGUAUAUUUUGUACAGAUCUAGUACUAUGUAUUAUUUUUGUUAUAUAUUCUCUCAUUGCAUUAUAGCACAACAAAUAUUUUGUUCGACAUAAAACAUAAAAUGUAAGAAAUAUCUGUCAUUAUAGCUUUUUGUAGAUUUAUAUGUCUGUAAAAAUGUUUUUUUAAAGCAUUUCUUUUUAUGUAUGAGGAGAGUGGCUGACACUGUACCAGAGGAACUGUGUGAAUACCCUGCCCUGUGGAGCAGACAAUGAAUUAUAUUUUUUGGAAGUGGCAGCACUGUUCUAAUUACAGACAUUCUGACUCCAUUGCAAAGACGAUGCUUUUGGAAGGCGAGCACCCACUUCUGCACAUCACAACUUUACAGCUAAAUAUUAGUCGUUGUGAGCUUUAGUCUCUGGUGGAUCCUUAUGUCAUGAAUGUAUCAUAGACAGUAUCAGCUUUCUGGUUUCUGAGUAACCACACGUGCCUUGUAGUCUUGUAUUUUCAGGAUGAAAUUGCAGCAACACAGAAACAUUAAAGUCUAAUUCAGAGUCUGGAGGAUGACUAAAUUUUGCCAUUAACCUGCUACCCCAGCCUAUAAACCUACAGUUGUAUAAAUAUUUUGUGUUGUUUUCUACAUUCACUAUUCUCUUCUGGUUAAAUCAUCACCUGAACCAUAACUUUAAGAUUUAAAAGAACUAAAAGAAUAGUUAAAAUCUUUCAAAACCACAAAUAACCUGAGAUAAAUGUAAAGCUGUGGUCAGUGGAAACAUCAUGCUCAUUCAUUUUGUUUACCUCUUGACUGUAAUCACUAUCAGUCAUCAAAAUAAAACAUAAAAAAAGA